AUGUUAUUCCUCGUCCUCACAGCCCUAUGGGCGCUGGCCACCCAGGCCCUGGCAAAAACCGUGAACAGAAGCGCCCUCUUGCCAUUUCCCAAUAAACCCCGCGUGUUUAUUCUGUCCGACAUUUCCAACGAGCCCGACGACCAGCAGUCGCUGACCCGGUACCUUCUCUACGCCAACCAGUUCCAGACAGAGGGCAUUGUGGCGGUUACGUCGACCUGGCUCCGAGAUGAAGUUCACCCGGAGGAUAUGCUGUCUGUUAUCGAUGCCUAUGGGAAUGUCACGGAUAACCUCAACCAGCAUGCCCCGCUGGAUGCCCCGUAUCCAUCCGGUGACCACAUUCGCAGUCUUUUGCGGAAAGGGGCCGAGACAUACGGGAUGACUGCCGUCGGAAAAAACGUUACUCUCAGUGACGGAGGAAAGCUGCUGCUCGAGCGCCUCCAGGACCCAUCGGACGAGCCGUUGUGGGUAACGGCCUGGGGGGGAACCAACGUCCUCGCCCAUGUUCUGUACAGAAUCCACGAUACGUAUUCCGCUGAGGAUGCAGCUGUUCUGCGCUCCAAGCUGCGAGUCUACGCCGUAUCCGACCAGGAUGAUACCGGUGCGUGGAUCAGACAGCAGUGGCCGGAUAUCUUCUAUAUCUCAUCUACACACGGCUGGAACCAGUACGGACUUGCUGCUUGGAUCGGCAUCUCGGGCGAGCGAUACUAUGGCGUCGACAUUGGCGGCCCCGACUUUUCCAAAGUAUCGCACAGCUGGCUGCGUAAUAAUAUCCAGAUCGGACCGUAUGGAAAGACGGCGUAUCCAGACUACAAGUUCAUCAUGGAGGGCGACACUCCGACAUUCUUGUAUCUAGUGCAGAAUGGUCUCGGUGUGCGCGAGUAUCCCCAGUACGGCUCAUGGGGAGGCAGAUAUGACCGGGUGAAUCCGUCUACGGUAUUGGACUUUCGCCACUACUCUGACUCGGCCGAUCGAGUUGUUGGCGUCAAUAACCAGACCUAUACUUCCAGUGCUGCCAGUAUCUGGCGGUGGCGAGAUGCGUUCCAGAAUGACUUUGCUGCGCGCAUGCAGUGGUCUCUGCCUUUGAAUAUCAGCAAGGCUAACCAUCACCCGGUUAUCGCACUGAAUGGCAGCACUGGGCUUGCUCCUUUGGACCUUACUGUUUCAGUCGGGUCGACCGUUACUCUUGAUGCCAGGGGAACUUCUGAUCCGGAUAAUGAUGGCCUGACCUUCCGGUGGUUCCAGUAUAAAGAGCCUGGCACGAACGACUGGAAUGUUGAUGGAAAGGUCCCGGCACUGAAUGUGAGUACCUCGAGUGGCGGCCGAUUGGCGAAGGUAGACAUUCCUGCUGAAGACGAGAGCUGCAAUGGUGAAGGGUUCAACCCCUCUGGAUGCUGGCUGCUGCACUUGAUUCUGGAGGUGACGGAUAAUGGAUAUCACCCAUUGACCAGCUAUCGUCGCAUUCUGUUGCAGACGGUAUCUAGCUGA